AUGAAGCUAGCUGCAUUCCUCUCCAUCGCCGCGAUUGCUAUAAUGUCGACGACGACUGCCACGCCUACUCAAAGGAACAUGAUUUUUGUAUCCGGAUACACGGAGGCUCCAUGCGCCGACACUCCGUGCCUUCCGGAGCAUGCUCCAGUGUGUGGAUCGAAUGGCGUCACGUACGAGAAUGAGUGCGAGUUGGGCCAGGCCAAUUGCAACAACGCUGGCCUGAACGUGACUCAAGUGAGCUAUGGCGCGUGCCCCUGCGGUAUCCAGGUCGCGAUCGCGUAA